AACAACAGACUCAGCUGGAGCCAAUCAUGUUUAAAAGUCCCUGGUUGACAUGUGGAGGCUGAGCUCUGAUGCUAGAACAGCAGGGAACUGUCUGCCCUCGUUUUUAUAAUUUACUGUUUUCAUUUGUCCGCACACACAGAGAGAAACACACAGUCCCUCUUUCAUGUUUUGUCAGGAAUGUUCAUGUGUGUGUUGCAUUGAUAACAAGGGUGUGUGUGCUCCGUGUGUGACAUGUGAGAGGAUAGAUAUGGAGUAAACUAGCGCCGGGAAUGGAAACACGGUGAGCAAAGGAGAUUAUUAUGGCAGACCCAGAGGUGUCAACACAGAGCGGGGGCUACGAUGUGGAGCUGUUUGUGGACACCCCAGACUACGAUCUGAUCUGCACCAUAUGCCAGGGGGUCCUCAGGUGUCCAGUAAGAGCCGCAUGCCACCACAUCUUCUGCAAGAAAUGCAUCCUGCAGUGGCUCAAGAGACAGGAGACCUGUCCCUGCUGCAGAAAACCUGUCAACCCGAGCUUGAUCUUUGUCAUGUUCAAACUGAGCAAAUCUAUCGGACGCAUGAAGGUCAAGUGUAAGAAUGAGAUCCGUGGUUGUGCGGAGACCUUCCCCCUCUCGGAGCAGUACUGCCACAGUAUGAGCUGCCUGUACGAGCUCAUACCCUGCCCGUACCAGGGCUGCCGGGCGCAGCUCCUGCGCAGGGAUCUGGACACCCACGCACGCCACUGCGAACACUGGCGUCAGCCCUGCCACAUGGGCUGCGGGACGAUACUGUCCCACCGCACCCAGGCUCAGCACAACUGCUACAAGCAGCUGAGGCAGGAGUACGAAGCCAGACAGAGGAACCACAGGGCCAUCGCCACUGCCCUGCAGAGGAAGAUGAGGAGGAUGCUGAGCACCAUGGCCCACAUGAAAAGACAGAUAGGGCUGAUCUGUGAGAGCCUGGAGGUGAUGGAUGACCUGCACGAGGUAGAGGAGGAGGACUUCGGGGAGAGCAGCGGCAGCUCCAGUGGGACUCCAAGUAGCAACAUAAGCAACUGCUGAGGGACGAGCCAGUUACUGCUGCUGGUUGGCCACUGCUGUGUAUAAUUUGUGCAUGUGUUCAUUUCUUUGAAGGUGUGUGUUUUUGAAUAUGAAAAUAGGAUUAAACUGAGUGGAUAUGUAACAAUUUUAUAAUCCAUGUGAAACAGGGGAGCACAGGUGUGAUGGAAAUGGUUAUCAAGCAUUCCAUUGAUUUAUAUCUAAUUGUAUUAUAAAAACAGGAAUUAAAAAAAACCCAAAACAAAUUACAGAUGAAGUAUAUAGCAGAGCUUUUUGUUGACAUUAACAAACUCCCAGGGGAUCAAAAAACUCAAGGAUGAUAGAUUUAUAGGUUUAUAUAUUACCAUGUUAAUCAAGAUAUUAAAUAAAAUUGCCUCCAAUCUCCUCUCUCAA